AUGGCUGCGAACUAUCAAGACUAUCCACAGCAACCGGGUUACUAUGCACAACCACCGCCAACUGGUUAUGCACAACCACCCCCAACUGGUUAUGUGCAACCACCACCUGGUUAUGCGCAGCCGCCACAGCCCGUCUAUACACAACCCUAUCCGUCGAAUAAUCAGCCAAUUAUAAUUCUUCAUAACGACAACCAUGAUGUUCAACACGGAUGCCAUUUUAUUCUUUGCUUUUUAACAGGUGGAUUGUGGGCACCAUGCUGGGCAGCAGCUUGUUUAGGACUUGGUUGUGAGCGGCCUUGUUAG